CAGGAGGCGGCGGCCGCCGCGCUCAGUUCUGCCGCGCCGCGGGAGGGAAGCGCGAGGUGGGAGCCGGCGGCUGGGCUCGGCAGCGCAUCCAGCGCAGCGCGGCGCCCCGGGCCCGGCCCCAUGCCCUCAGCCCCGCCGGACCGCCGUUGAGCACGGGCGCCUUGCCCGCGCCCCCCGCCCGCCGGCACCAUUGCCCCGACGGCGCGGCCUGGCGGCCCGGCGCUCCCCAGGCUCCGCGCCGGCCGGAAGACGCUCCUGGCAGCCGCCGCGGGCGUGGUGAUGCUGCUGGUGCUGGUGGUGCUCAUCCCCGUGCUGGUGAGCUCGGGCGGCCCGGAUGGCCACUACGAGAUGCUGGGCACCUGCCGCAUGGUGUGCGACCCCUACCCCGCGCGGGGCCCCGGCGCCGGCGCGCGGCCCGACGGCGGCGACGCCCUGAGCGAGCAGAGCGGCGCGCCCCCGCCCUCCACGCUGGUGCAGGGCCCCCAGGGGAAGCCGGGACGCACAGGCAAGCCGGGCCCUCCCGGGCCCCCGGGGGACCCGGGUCCUCCGGGUCCUGUGGGGCCACCCGGGGAGAAGGGUGAGCCGGGCAAGACCGGCCCUCCCGGGCUGCCGGGCGCGGGGGGCAGCGGCGCCAUCAGCACGGCCACCUAUACCACGGUGCCGCGCGUGGCCUUCUACGCCGGCCUCAAGAACCCUCACGAGGGUUACGAGGUGCUCAAGUUCGACGACGUGGUCACCAACCUAGGCAACAACUACGACGCGACCAGCGGCAAGUUUACAUGCAACAUUCCCGGCACCUACUUUUUCACCUACCACGUCCUCAUGCGCGGAGGCGACGGCACCAGUAUGUGGGCGGACCUCUGCAAGAACGGCCAGGUGCGGGCCAGUGCCAUUGCCCAGGACGCAGACCAGAACUACGACUACGCCAGCAACAGCGUGAUCCUGCACCUGGACGCGGGCGACGAGGUCUUCAUCAAGCUCGACGGAGGCAAAGCGCACGGCGGCAACAGCAACAAAUACAGCACAUUCUCCGGCUUCAUCAUCUACUCCGAUUGAGCUCCUCGCGACCCCUCCAUCCCCUAUCCCCCCGGAGGUCCCCUCCCGGCGGGGCAGAGGAUGACCCGUCCCCCUACCCACACCCCCUCGCUGCCCGCCACGGCCGCCGGCUUCUCCCGGCUAUGACGCCCCCGGCCUGCCCUCACCACCGUCCGGGCCGCAGCAAGCCCUCCCGCCGUCUCGCCACAGAGCCGGGUCCAGCGCGCCCCGUCCCGGUUCCCCGGGAGGCGGUGUCGACCGCCCCCGCCCCGGCCCGCACUGUAUAUUUGUACAAUAGGAUUGUUUUUGCCCACCUGACCCACCAGCCCGCCCCAGCUGGGGGAGAGGUCUCGGCGGGGUCGCUCCCCGUGCUCGGAUGUGCUGCCCACCCGCUCUGGGGUGGCGCUGCCUGGGGGAGCGGUGUAUUGGGGGCUGGAUGGCUUCCCAGCUACAGCCCUGGCCGGCUGAGCCCCGUCUGACCAAAGCUAUAAUAAAACACUUCCACCCCGC